AAUGCUGUCUUGAACGCAUGUCAUGGAUGUUCCUUCGUCAUCGACAUCCUCACAAAUGUUGUGGAUGAUGCUCCUGAUGGAGCUCCCACCCAUUUUCUUAUGGAGCUCGUUACCUUGGACCAUCUAAUGAUGACAUCAAGUUCAUCCAAGCGGUCAAAGUUGACGUGCCUCGCUGUGUCACCUCAGUUUUUGAUUCUUGGUACUUCGACCGGUGGUGUGUCUGUGUAUGGUCGUUAUUCCUCAUCUCGAAAACGUCUCAACACUCCCAGCGGGCCUCUCCAUUUCAUCAACACCAAGGAUGGCCCCGUGAGCGCGUUGUGUGUUGCUCCAAAAGAAGGUCUCAUAGCUGUUGGAAGUGAUAGUGGACGAGUUCAUGCAAUAGAGUUCUCUACAUCACCAUCUCCUGUGAAACAUCUGUUAACAAGAGACACUAGAAGGUUGAAGAAAGUAACUAGUUUGAUGUGGUCCACAGAUUCUAAAAGACUAUAUUCGGGUCAUGAAAAUGGUACUGUCAUGGUGCAUUAUUUAGAUGUGAGUUUGCGAAGGUAUCUCUUCCGUUCCUCCUGUGCCGUUGUUGCUACUUUUGAGGAAGGACAAAUCGUUCAGCUAGACGUGAAUGGACCAAAUGUCUUGGUAUCCACGCAGAGUGCUUCAUAUGUUUGCAAUGUAGAUGAAAAGAGCGUUAUCCAAAUAGGGAAGAAACCGCGUAAUGGGCUCAUGGGUGCGUGUUUCAUCUCUCCUGCACAAGAAGAAUUGUCUUUUCGUCUAGUUACUCAACAAGGGCGCUUCAUUCUGCUGCCCGACCAAAUGGUCGAGUCUGGGAAGCGAAUGCUGCUGGAGUUGUUUACAGGUAGGACUCAUCAACUCCGAGAGAAUGCCACUUAUCCCCGUCCUCCCAUUAUUCAUGCCGCAAUGAUUAUUCGUGUGUCCGAAGAAAUAUCGAUGCUGGUGAUGCCGAAGCGAGAGAUGCAGUCCACUUUGAGUGUGCUGCAACAUAUCAUCGUUGACGGGGUUCCACUGAUUCUUUCCUUUUCUGGUUCGUGUCUAACAGUGUUCGAUGUGGAGCAAUCAAAACUGGUUUUGGUCGGCGAUUUGGAAGAGGAAAUACGCUGUUGUUGUAUUUGUGGUGCUGACAUUUUCGUUGCUCUCCGUGGUAAUGCAAUUCCUCGAAAGUACACCUUAUGCAGCCGCACAGCAGUUGUGAAACGAUUGCUAGCAAAGUCCCUUCCUGUCCAGUCUGCUCACUUCAUAAUGAAUUACAAGAGUUGUUUAUGGCCACCUGAUCUCGUGAAUGCCACUGCAGAUGCUCUCGCGCAGUUGUCUAAGAAGGUUUGA